AUGGCACCAGGAAAUUAUUGCAGCUCUCAGGUAGUAGCUAUAUUUGGCGAGUAUUCCAUGGAGGAUCAAAAUGAUGAUACUUUGGGGAACUUGAAUCAGAAUAUUGUUGGCAAACCUCCAAGGGAUCAUUCUGUUAGUAUGCGUCAUUGCACCAGCUCUUCGUGGUUGGCUGAUUCGGAAUCAAAUAUUAAUACUGAUGGCAUUAAAUCAAACACAGAAGAUAAAUCUGAGUUUCCUCUUGUAUUAAGAUCUGGAAGUUGUUCUGAGAAAGGACCAAAACAAUACAUGGAGGAUGAGUUUGUAUGUGUUGAUACUCUUCUUGAAUGUAACUGUAUUGCUCAACAACUAGACCUUCCAUCUCCAUCGGCAUUUUAUGGGAUAUUUGAUGGACAUGGUGGUGUUGAUGCCGCAUCAUUUAUUAAAAAGAACAUGUUUAACUUUAUAAUCGAAGAUUCUCAAUUCCAAUCUAGCAUUAAGAAGGCAGUUAAGAGUGCAUUUGUGAAGGCUGAUCAUGCAUUUAGAGAUGCCGGUACACUUGAUAGUUCCUCAGGAACCACAGCUCUAAUAGCCCUUGUCUUGGGAAAGGCCGUGCUGGUUGCGAAUGCAGGAGAUUCGCGCGCGGUAUUAGGCAAACGCGGCCGAGCAGUUGAACUUUCAAAAGACCAUAAACCAAAUUGCACGUCUGAAAGAUUAAGAAUUGAAAAACUAGGCGGUGUUAUCUAUGACGGUUACCUAAAUGGACAACUAUCAGUGGCACGUGCAAUAGGAGAUUGGCACAUAAAAGGUUCAAAAGGUUCAAAAAGUCCCUUAAGCUGUGAGCCAGAGUUAGAGGAAAUUGUCCUAACAGAAGAAGAUGAGUUUUUGAUAUUAGGGUGUGAUGGAUUAUGGGAUGUUAUGAGUAGUCAAUGUGCUGUUACAAUGGUUAGGAAGGAACUUGUGCAGCAUAAUGAUCCUAACAUAUGUGCUAAGGUACUUGUUACUGAGGCACUUCAAAGAAACAGUUGUGAUAAUCUAACAGUUGUUGUGGUUUGUUUCUCUAAGGAUCCACCUUCUAAAAUUGAAAUUCCUAGAUCACAUAGGAGAAGAAGUAUUUCUGCUGAAGGUCUUGAUCUUCUCAAAGGUGUUUUGAAUGGUAGAUGA